AUUUUUUAUUAUCACUUGAGUUUAACUAUUUUGUGGGAAUAUUUGACAUGACUAGGUCAUUUAAGUAGUGAUUUUUGAAUAAGUCGCACGGUGAAUCUCCAUCUAUCUAGUGAACGUUAUUAACGUAUGACUCCUUGAUGUCGUCUAAGGUUAAAGUUUUUACUCUUGAAGAUGUCAAAAAACACAAUAAGCCAGAUGAUCUUUGGAUUGUGAUUCACGAUAAAGUAUACGAUUUGACAAAGUUCGCGUCUGAGCAUCCAGGGGGUGAAACUGUAUUAGAACAACAAGCGGGAGAUUAUGGUACCGAACCAUUUGAAGAUGUAGGACACUCAUCAGAUGCUCGCGAAAUUAUGGAGCAGUACUAUAUAGGCGAUAUAGCACCUGCCGACCGUGAACGAAAAAGUAAAUUCACCUCUUCAUUCACACUGAAGAAAGUAGAUAAUUUUAGCUUCACCAAAUGGUCUGGAUUACUUAUUCCAAUUGGCGUUGUAGUAGUAGCGAUCGUUGUGUAUAAAUGUUUCUUAUAAGUAAAUUGUUAUCCUUCUGUGUUUUUAUCUACCUGUAUGGCUUUCCUCUGUGUUUCUGUUUACUCACUGUGAUUUUGCUGUAGAUCUUUUCUUCUGUUUAAUAUUGGUCCGUGUAUUUUCUUGUUGGAUUUUUUCCUCUGGUUGAAUAUUUGUUAAUAUGUUUGUCAUAAUAAAUGAAGAGGCAAUUAACACUUUUUUUUACAUAUCUGA